AUGAAGGAGAGGAUGGAGAGCGAAAAGUUUAAAAGCCCCACCUCAUCGGAAGAGGAACUCAAAGGAUUCAGUACAUCUGUCUCAACAUUAUUAGGGAUCAAGAAACUGCCCAUCGAUGCUGCUGAAUGGGAAAGCUAUUUCGACGAGAGCGGACAGAUUCUCAAAUCACGAAACUACAUGGCCUCCCAAAUUUUGGAGAGGGGAUUGGAUCUUUCUGUCAGAUCAGAAGCUUGGAAGUUCCUCACGGGUUACUAUCCCUGGAAAAGUUCCUACGAUGAGAGGCUCACGACCGACAGCAUGAGGCGGUGUUCUGAUGUUCAAAGACUUUACAUCAAAGAUGCUCAGGGCAACCCUCUGGUUGAUAAAAAGCAACUGGAGAAGAUCCUUCUGCUGAAUUAUGUAUGCAACGUGAAUGCCGAAUACCAACAAGGUUUCCACGAAAUGCUUCUUCUCUUCAGGUUGCUUGUUGAAGAGGAGCACGAGAUCUACUGGCUAUUUCAGUUUUUCCUGCAAAAAACUGAGAACAGCUGCAUCAUAAAUGUUGGGGUGCAGAAGAACCUGCUCAUGCUGAAAGCCUUGGUUGCAUUUAUGGAUCCAAUCUUUGCAAAACACCUGGAGACAAAAGGCCAAGUGGUGUCCUCAUUGUUUCCUUGGUUCUGCCUCUUUUUCCAGCGUGUCUUCAAGUCUUUCGAGGAUGUCUGGAGGCUGUGGGAGGUGUUUCUGAUAGGACAUCCCUGUAGAAACUUCCAGGUGAUUGUCGCUUACACAAUGCUGCAGAUUGUGAGGGACCAGAUCCUCCGAGAAGAUCUGGAGGGAGAUGAUAUUUUAAUGCUUUGCCACAGCAUUGUAGAUCUUGAUGCAGAUGACUUGAUCACCAAAGCCUGCAACAUAUAUGAACUCUUCCAGAAACAUGAAGACAAGAUAAACGCCAAAGAAUGUGAUAAUAUUAGAUAA